GCCUUAUAGGGCAGGGGCAGCAGGGGUUAUAUAUCUGAUGCCUGCCAUCACGGGAGACCUUACUGCAGCCCAACACAGUACAGUCGUCGCUCUUGACCUUGCGUUAGAGGUAGAGCACCACAUCUCGGCAGUCUCCUUUCAUCUGUUUGGUGGGCUUUGAGCCAAAAAGGCUAAUCAUGGGGGAUGCGGAGCUGUCUGCGUUCGGAGCCGCGGCUCCAUUCCUACGCAAGUCGGACAAAGAGCGACUGGAGGCGCAGACGAAGAUCUUCGACAUGAAGAAAGAAUGCUUUAUACCCGACCCCGUGGAGGAGUUCGUCAAAGCUUCAGUCACCAGCCGGGAGGGAAACACAGUCACUGUAGAUACCGCAAAUGGGAAGACUGUCACAGUCAAGGAAGACCAGAUUAUGCAACAGAAUCCUCCAAAGUUUGACAAGAUCGAGGACAUGGCCAUGCUAACUUUCCUCCAUGAGCCUGCUGUGCUGUUUAACCUCAAAGAGCGUUACGCAGCAUGGAUGAUCUACACCUACUCUGGGCUUUUCUGUGUGACUGUCAACCCCUACAAGUGGCUGCCAGUGUACGACCAGUACGUUGUUGAAGCCUACAGAGGCAAGAAGAGGCAAGAAGCUCCUCCUCAUAUCUUCUCCAUCUCUGACAAUGGUUACCAGUACAUGUUGGCAGAUCGAGAGAACCAGUCAAUCCUGAUCACUGGAGAAUCUGGUGCAGGAAAGACUGUGAACACAAAGAGAGUCAUCCAGUACUUUGCUAGCAUUGCAGCCAGUGGCGGCAAGAAGGAUGCAGCCGCUAAAAAUAAGGGUACCCUAGAGGAUCAAAUCAUCCAGGCAAACCCAGCUCUUGAGGCGUUUGGUAAUGCGAAGACCAUCAGAAAUGACAACUCCUCAAGAUUUGGUAAAUUCAUCCGAAUCCACUUUGACACCAGAGGAAAGCUGGCUUCGGCUGACAUUGAGACAUAUCUCCUUGAGAAGUCCCGUGUCACCUUUCAGCUCAAAGCUGAGAGAGACUACCACAUCUUCUAUCAGAUAUUGUCAAACAAGAAACCUGAACUACUCGAAAUGCUGCUGGUAACAGCAAACCCCUAUGACUACGCAUUCAUCUCCCAGGGGGAGACCACAGUGACCUCCAUUGAUGACACUGUAGAGCUAAUGGCAACCGACGAAGCUUUUGAUGUACUGGGCUUUACUCAAGAAGAGAAGAACAGCAUCUACAAGCUGACUGGAGCCAUAAUGCACUACGGCAACAUGAAGUUCAAGCAGAGGCAGCGUGAGGAGCAGGCAGAGGCUGAUGGCACUGAGGAUGCUGAUAAAUCAGCGUACCUGAUGGGCCUGAACUCUGCUGACCUCAUCAAGGGUCUGUGUCACCCGAGGGUCAAAGUAGGAAACGAGUGGGUCACCAAAGGGCAGAGUGUAAAUCAGGUGUAUUACGGUAUUGGUGCACUCUCUAAAUCAAUCUAUGAGAAGAUGUUUCUGUGGAUGGUGGUGAGAAUCAACCAGUCACUGGAGACAAAACAGCCAAGACAGUACUUCAUUGGCGUGCUGGAUAUUGCUGGCUUUGAGAUCUUUGAUUUUAACACUUUUGAGCAACUUUGCAUCAACUUCACCAAUGAGAAACUGCAACAGUUUUUCAACCACCACAUGUUCAUUCUGGAACAAGAGGAGUACAAGAAGGAAGGAAUUGAAUGGGAAUUCAUUGACUUUGGCAUGGACUUGCAGGCCUGUAUUGAUCUCAUUGAGAAGCCUAUGGGUAUCAUGUCCAUCCUUGAAGAGGAGUGCAUGUUCCCUAAAGCCAGUGAUGCCACAUUUAAAGCAAAGCUUUAUGACAAUCAUCUGGGGAAAUCCAACAAUUUCCAGAAGCCAAGAAAUGUCAAAGGUAGACCAGAGGCCCAUUUCUCCCUGGUUCACUAUGCUGGCACUGUGGACUACAACAUCAACAACUGGUUGGUGAAGAACAAGGACCCUCUGAAUGAGACGGUUGUUGGACUCUACCAGAAAUCCUCUAUGAAGGUCCUUUCAACCCUAUUUGCAAAUUACGCUGGUGCAGAUGCAGCAGAUGCGGCAAAGGGAAAGAAGAAAAAGGGAUCAUCCUUUCAGACAGUGUCUGCACUUCACAGGGAAAACUUAAACAAGUUGAUGACGAACUUGAGGUCCACUCACCCCCACUUUGUGCGCUGCCUCAUCCCCAAUGAGACCAAGACUCCUGGGGCGAUGGACAACCCUCUGGUGAUGCACCAGCUGCGCUGUAACGGUGUGCUGGAAGGCAUCAGGAUCUGCAGAAAGGGCUUCCCCAACAGGAUUCUGUACGGGGACUUCAAACAGAGAUACCGCAUCUUGAACCCUAACGCAAUUCCUGAGGGGCAGUUCUGUGACAGCAAGAAAAGUGCAGAAAAGUUACUGGCAACUCUGGAUAUUGAACACAACCAGUACAAAUUUGGACAUACAAAGGUGUUUUUCAAAGCUGGUCUCCUGGGUCAACUGGAGGAGAUGAGAGAUGAACGUCUUUCUAAAAUUAUCACCUUAAUCCAAGCCAGGUCCCGUGGUCUUCUUUCAAGAGCUGAAUACCUGAAGAUGGUUGAACGCAGGGAUGCCUUACUUGUCAUCCAAUGGAAUGUACGAGCCUUCAUGUCCGUCAAGAAUUGGCCAUGGAUGAAGCUCUUCUUCAAGAUCAAGCCCUUAUUGAGGUCGGCUGAGUCUGAGAAGGAGAUGGCCAACAUGAAGGAUGAAUUUGAGAAGUUAAAAGAGGCUUAUGCCAAAUCUGAGGCUCGCAGAAAGGAAUUAGAGGAAAAGAUGGUCACGCUUCUCCAAGAGAAGAAUGACCUUCAGCUUCAAGUCCAGACUGAGCAAGAUAACCUUGGUGAUGCUGAAGAGAGGUGUGAGGGGCUGAUCAAGAGUAAGAUCCAGAUUGAGGGCAAAAUCAAAGAGCUGACCGAGAGACUGGAGGAUGAGGAGGAGAUGAAUGCUGAUAUGACAGCAAAGAAGAGGAAGCUGGAAGAUGAGUGCUCUGAGCUCAAGAAGGACAUUGAUGACCUGGAGCUCACCUUGGCUAAAGUGGAGAAAGAAAAGCACGCCACUGAGAACAAAGUAAAGAACCUGACUGAGGAAAUGGCAGGCCAAGAUGACAUCAUUGCCAAGCUGACCAAGGAAAAGAAAGCUCUACAAGAGGCACAUCAGCAAACUCUAGAUGAUCUGCAAAGUGAGGAGGACAAAGUCAACACCCUCACCAAGGCCAAAGUCAAGCUGGAGCAGCAAGUGGAUGAUCUUGAAGCUUCUCUUGAACAAGAGAAGAAAGUACGGAUGGACCUUGAACGAUCCAAGAGGAAGCUGGAGGGUGACUUAAAGAUGACCCAAGAGAGUGUGAUGGACCUGGAAAAUGACAAACAACAGCUGGAAGAAAGGAUUAAAAAGAAAGAUUUUGAAGUUAGCCAACUCAGUAGCAAAAUUGAAGAUGAACAAUCCAUUGUUCUGCAGCUCCAAAAGAAACUGAAGGAACUUCAGGCACGAGUAGAGGAGCUGGAGGAAGAGCUUGAGGCAGAGCGAGCUGCCAGAGCUAAAGUAGAGAAACAGAGAGCAGACCUGGCCAGAGAGCUGGAAGAGAUCAGUGAGAGGCUGGAGGAGGCUGGUGGAUCCACUGCUGCCCAGAUUGAGAUGAACAAGAAGAGGGAGGCCGAGUUCCAGAAGCUACGCAGAGACCUUGAAGAGGCAACUCUGCACCACGAAGCUACGUCCGCCACCCUCAGGAAGAAACAAGCCGACAGUGUGGCUGACCUGGGAGAGCAGAUAGACAACCUGCAGAGAGUCAAGCAGAAGCUGGAGAAGGAGAAGAGUGAGCUCAGGCUGGAGCUGGAUGAUGUGGUCUCAAGUAUGGAACAUAUUGUUAAGAAUAAGAGUAACCUGGAGAAGUUGUGCAGAAGUUUAGAAGACCAAGUCAACGAAUUCAGGAACAAAGGAGAGGAUAGCCAAAGAUCUUUAAAUGAUUUUACAACCCAGAAAGCCAAACUUUCGGCAGAAAAUGAUGAGUUGGGAAGACAACUGGAAGAAAAAGAAUCUCUAAUCUCACAACUGACAAGAGGCAAGAACUCUUACAAUCAACAGCUUGAAGAUCUCAGAAGACAGCUGGAUGAGGAAGUAAAGGCCAAGAACGCUCUUGCUCAUGCAGUGCAGUCUUCUCGCCAUGACUGUGACCUGCUCAGAGAGCAGUUUGAAGAGGAGCAGGAGGCCAAGGCUGAGCUGCAGAGAUCCAUGUCCAAGGCCAACUCUGAGGUGGCUCAGUGGAGAACCAAGUACGAGACUGAUGCCAUCCAGAAGACUGAGGAGCUAGAGGAGGCAAAGAAGAAACUGGCUAUGCGCUUGCAAGAUGCUGAGGAGGCUGUGGAGGCUGUAAAUGCUAAAUGCUCUUCCUUGGAGAAGACCAAACACAGGCUCCAGAAUGAGAUUGAAGAUCUCAUGGUGGACGUUGAGAAAUCCAAUGCAGCAGCUGCCAAUCUUGAUAAAAAGCAAAGAAACUUUGACAAAGUCUUGUCAGAGUGGAAGCAGAAGUAUGAGGAGUCUCAGUGUGAACUGGAGGGCUCCCAGAAGGAAGCCAGAUCCCUGAGCACUGAACUUUUUAAACUCAAGAACUCAUACGAGGAGGCCCUGGAUCACCUUGAGACACUUAAGAGAGAAAACAAGAUUCUCCAAGAGGAAAUUUCUGAUAUAACCGAGCAACUCGGUGAGGGAGCUAAAACAACCCAUGAACUGGAGAAGAUUCGUAAACAACUGGAGCAAGAGAAAUCUGAGAUUCAAGCUGCUCUGGAGGAGGCAGAGGGUUCCUUGGAGCAUGAGGAAGGUAAAAUCCUGAGGAUCCAGCUGGAAUUCAACCAGGUGAAAGCUGACAUUGAGCGCAAACUGUCUGAGAAGGACGAGGAAAUGGAACAAUGCAAAAAAAAUAUGCAAAGAACCAUUGACACCCUUCAAAGCUCUCUGGAGGCAGAGACUCGCAGCAGGAAUGAGGCCCUCAGGGUUAAGAAGAAGAUGGAGGGCGACCUCAAUGAGAUGGAGAUCCAACUGAGUCAGGCCAACAGGCAGGCAGCAGAGGCCCAGAAGCAGCUCAAAUCUGUCCAGGCUCACCUGAAGGAUUCACAGCUGCAGUUGGAUGACUCUCUACGUUCCGCUGAUGAUCUAAAGGAGAACAUUGCGAUUGUAGAGAGACGUAACAACCUAAUGCAAGCAGAGCUGGAAGAACUCAGGAACUUGGUGGAGCAGACUGAGAGAGGCCGGAAACUGUCUGAGCAAGAGCUGCUUGACAUUUCUGAGCGAGUUCAACUGCUUCAUUCACAGAACACCAGUCUCCUGAACCAGAAGAAGAAGCUGGACAGUGACAUAACUCAACUUCAGGGUGAGGUAGAGGAUUCAAUUCAGGAGUGCAGAAAUGCUGAGGAGAAGGCCAAGAAGGCCAUCACUGAUGCUGCCAUGAUGGCUGAGGAGCUGAAGAAGGAGCAGGACACCAGUGCUCACCUGGAGCGCAUGAAGAAGAACAUGGAGCAGACCAUUAAGGACCUGCAGCACCGCCUUGAUGAGGCAGAACAAAUCGCCAUGAAGGGAGGCAGGAAGCAAAUUCAGAAGCUGGAGGCUAGGGUGAGAGAACUGGAGAUUGAGGUAGAGAACGAGCAGAAGAGAUCCACUGAGACCGUGAAGGGUAUCCGUAAAUAUGAACGCCGCAUCAAAGAGCUCACCUACCAGACUGACGAGGACAAGAAGAACCUGGCCCGUCUGCAAGACCUGGUAGACAAACUUCAGCUGAAGGUCAAGUCUUACAAGAGAUCUGCAGAGGAGGCUGAGGAACAGGCUAAUGUACAUCUUGGCAAGUUCCGCAAAAUGCAGCAUGAGAUGGAUGAGGCCUCAGAGAGAGCCGACAUCGCUGAGUCUCAAGUCAACAAGCUGCGUGCCAAGAGCAGGGAUGUGGGCUCUAAGAAAGGGUUUGUUGAAGAGUGAAGCUCUACACCAUCUCUGAAGAAUCCCCCCUGCGGAGUGCAGCAGAUGCCUCCUCUAAAACCACUGUCCUCUUAUAUCUGUGUGGAAUAAAAAUCACCUGCAGCAAA